CAGAAUCGUUCUCUCUCUCAUUCCACUUCCCAUUUCUGCUUCCAUUUUCAUUAAUACAUAUAUACUUUUAUUUAUUUGAAUUUAAAUUUCUGAGAUCGGGGCAAAUAUGUUGGGCAUAUUUAGCAGUUCGAUCAUGUCACCGCCGGACGAACUGGUAGCCGCCGGGUGCCGGACUCCGUCGCCAAAGAUCUCGUCAACGGCACUCGCAAAACGGUUCGCUGAUUCCAACUCUGCCGCCGUUUCUCUCCAGAUAGGCGACCAUGUCCACCUUGCCUUCACUCACCACAAUGAAUCUCCCUUGCGCCCCAGAUCAUUUGCAGCGAAGGAUGAGAUAUUUUGUUUAUUCGAAGGAGCCCUUGACAAUUUGGGAAGUUUGAGGAAUCAAUACGGCCUUCCCAAAUCCACCAAUGAAGUUCUCUUAGUAAUUGAAGCUUACAAAGCUCUUCGUGAUCGAGCUCCAUAUCCUGCCGACCAUGUUGUCGCCCAUCUCACCGGCGGUUUCGCCUUCAUCCUCUUCGACAACUCCACCUCCACUCUCUUCGUCGCCUCCGAUCAGAUCGGGAAAGUGCCUUUGUAUUGGGGAAUUACUGCUGAUGGAUACGUUGCAUUUGCCGAUGAUGCUACUCUUCUCAAAGGCGCUUGUGGGAAAUCCCUCGCUUCAUUUCCUCAAGGAUGUUUUUUCUCUACUGCGGUGGGCGAAUUGAGAUGUUAUGAGAAUCCGAAGAACAAGAUUACUGCUGAACCUGCUCCUGAAGAAGAGAUUUGGGGAGCAAAAUUCAAGGUGGAGGGGCCAACUGGUGUAUUAGCCACAGGUUUAGGGUUUAACAAUUUUCCAAUGGAGAUUUCAUAGAUUGAGAGUGCAAGAAAGAGAGGGUUCUUCGUUGUUGGUAAUAAUGUGGUGAAUGGUUUUUAUUUUUUAAUUUUAAGGGCGUUGUAAAUAUGAGUGUUUUUAGGUACAAAUUUGGUUGGUUUAAUUCUGGACUCUUAGCUUGUGUUUUCUUUAAGCCUUUUUGUUAAGGUAAAGAGCAAUGUAGAUAUUUCCACUACCUGUUCUCUUUAGCCUUUUUCUUUUAAUAAAAGUGUCUUUCUUUAAUGUCAUAAAAAAGACUUGUCCA